AUGAAUCGGGUGACAGACGUGUCAAGACGUAAAUUGCUGACGCAAGAGAGCGCUUUGUGGGAAUUGGCUGCCCGGAAGCGGCCACAGCUGUUCACACUAUACCACUGCUCUUGGAAGUCUGGAGCCGAUCUUCCCAGCUGCAGGACAUUUGGGCACAGAUGGGGCGGACUGGUACCGAUACCAGUACCUGCGCUCGUAAAGGUAUCAAACCUGGGACACGUGCUUCGAAUCCCUCCGCUUGCGUAA